AUGUCGAACGUUUUCUUUCCUUUCUCCAAGGCGCCUUUGCGCACCAUCAAGGAGAUUCAGUUUGGUCUUUUCUCUCCCGAGGAAAUCAAACGCAUGAGUGUGGUCAACAUUUUAUAUCCUGAGACUAUGGAUGAACAACGCCAGCGCCCUCGCGCUAAUGGUAUCAAUGACCCGCGCCUUGGUACCAUUGAUCGCCAGUAUAACUGCGAGACCUGUGAGGAGGGACCCAAGGAGUGCCCUGGUCACUUUGGCCACAUCGAACUUGCUUCACCUGUGUUUCACAUUGGUUUCUUAACAAAGAUCAAGAAGCUUCUGGAGACGGUCUGCCACAACUGUGGAAAGAUCAAAGCCAACACGUCUGAUUCGAAAUUCUUGGAAGCCCUUCGUAUGCGAGACCCGAAACGACGCUUCGACCAUAUCUGGAGACUUUCCAAGGACGUGUUAGUCUGUGAGGCCGACCCAACACCCGACGACGAUGAAUUUGCGAAGGAGUCCCAGAAGGGCCACUUCCACGGUGGUUGCGGUAAUGCCCAGCCCACCGUUCGGAAGGACGGUAUCUCUCUUGUGGGCACAUGGAAGCCCAGCAAGGCCAUGAUGGAGGACGAGAUGGCACAGCCCGAGAAAAAGACCAUCACCCCCUUGAUGGCUCUCAACAUCUUCCGAAACAUCUCCCACGAAGACGUCCGCAUCCUGGGCCUAAGCAAUGAUUAUGCCCGUCCGGAAUGGAUGCUCCUCACCGUUCUUCCUGUUCCGCCCCCCACUGUUCGCCCCAGCGUCAUGAUGGGGGCCACAAGCGGCUCUCGUGGUGAGGAUGACUUAACCUACAAGCUUGCUGAGAUUGUGCGUGCAAACCAGAACGUUCAGCGAUGUGAAGUGGAGGGUGCUCCCGAGCACGUCAUUCGUGAAUUCGAGUCCUUGCUGCAGUACCACAUUGCCACGUACAUGGACAACGAUAUUGCUGGUCAACCGAAGGCCAUGCAGAAGGGAAACCGACCAGUCAAGGCUCUUCGAAGCCGUCUCAAGGGUAAGGAAGGUCGCCUGCGACAGAACUUGAUGGGUAAGCGUGUCGAUUUCUCCGCACGUACCGUCAUUACUGGUGAUCCCAACCUGUCUCUUGAGGAGGUUGGAGUUCCCUACUCCACUGCAAAGAUUUUGACCUAUCCGGAGGUCGUGACCCCGUACAACAUUGAGAAACUGCAGUACUUGGUCUCUAAUGGCCCUAAUGUGCACCCUGGUGCCCGGUAUAUCGUGCGUGACAACGGCGAGCGAAUUGAUCUUCGCCAUGCCAAGCGUGCCGGUGCUCAGCAACUGCUGUACGGCUGGAAGGUGGAGCGUCACAUUGACAACGGCGAUGUUAUUCUAUUCAACCGUCAGCCUUCGCUCCACAAGGAGUCCAUGAUGGGUCACCGCGUUCGCGUCAUGCCUUUCUCAACUUUUCGAAUGAAUCUUUCAGUCACAUCUCCUUACAACGCCGAUUUCGAUGGUGACGAGAUGAACUUGCACGUUCCGCAGAGUGAGGAGGCCCGUGCAGAGCUUGCUGAGCUUGCUCUCGUUCCGAAGAACAUUGUUUCUCCUCAGCGUAACGGUCCCCUUAUGGGUAUUGUCCAAGAUACUCUUUGCGGUAUUUACAAGAUUUGCCGUCGCGAUGUCUUCCUCUCGAAGGAUCAGGUCAUGAACAUCAUGCUUUGGGUUCCGGACUGGGAUGGCGCCAUUCCCCCUCCCGCCAUUAUGAAGCCUCGCCCGCGAUGGACCGGCAAGCAGAUGAUUAGUAUGGCGUUCCCUACUGGUCUCAACCUUCUGCGUAUCGACAAGGACAGCUCUCCACUCUCCGAGAAAUUCAGCCCCCUUAACGAUGGUGGCCUGCUAAUUCACGGUGGUCAGCUCUUAUACGGUAUGCUCUCCAAGAAGACCGUCGGUGCUAGCGGCGGUGGUGUUAUUCACACCAUCUUCAACGAGUAUGGACCGGACACUGCUGUCAACUUCUUCAACGGUGCCCAGAGAAUUGUCAACUACUGGCUUCUGCACAAUGGUUUCAGUAUCGGUAUCGGUGAUACGAUCCCUGAUCGGAACACCAUUGACAAGAUCGAGGAGGCUGUCCGUGAGCGCAAGCGUGAGGUCGAAGAGAUCACUGCAAGCGCUACUGACAAUACACUCGAGGCCUUGCCUGGUAUGAAUGUCCGUGAAACCUUUGAAAGUAAGGUUUCUCGUGCCCUCAACAACGCUCGUGACGAGGCUGGUGCUGCUACCGAGGAGUCUCUUAAGGAUUUGAACAAUGCUAUUCAGAUGGCGCGUUCUGGUUCCAAGGGUUCCACUAUCAACAUUUCCCAGAUGACUGCAGUUGUGGGACAACAGUCUGUGGAAGGAAAGCGUAUUCCCUUCGGUUUCAAGUAUCGCACCUUGCCCCACUUCACCAAAGACGACUAUUCCCCCGAGUCCCGCGGCUUCGUCGAGAACUCUUACCUCCGGGGUCUGACUCCUACUGAGUUUUUCUUCCACGCCAUGGCUGGUCGUGAGGGUCUGAUCGAUACCGCUGUCAAGACUGCCGAGACUGGUUAUAUCCAGCGUAAGCUGGUCAAGGCUCUGGAAGAAGUCAUGGUCAAGUAUGAUGGAACUGUCCGCAACUCUCUUGGUGAUGUUAUUCAGUUCAUCUACGGAGAGGAUGGUCUUGAUGGUGCUCAUAUCGAGAAUCAGCGUGUCGAUAUCAUCCGAUGCUCAGAUGAGAAGCUCCGUGAACGCUUCCGUGUCGAUGUCAUGGAUCCUGAGCGUACCAUUGGCCCUGAGUUGUUGGAGCAAGCCAACGAGAUCGCAGGUGAUUCGGAAGUCCAGAGAUACUUCGACGAGGAGUGGGAAGCGAUUCUCAAGGAUCGCGAGUUCCUGCGCACCGUGGCCAAGGAGGACGAGGAAAUGAUGCAGCUUCCCAUUAACAUUCAGCGUAUUUUAGAGAUGGCCCGAACCACUUUCCGGAUUCGCGAGGGCACUAUCAGUGAUCUCCACCCUGCUGAGGUCAUUCCCCAAGUCCAAGCUCUCCUUGAACGCCUGGUAGUCGUUCGUGGUGAUGAUCCGAUUUCCCGCGAGGCUCAGACGAACGCGACCCUGCUAUUCAAGGCUCAGUUGCGCAGCCGUCUUGCUUUCCGCCGUCUGGUCACAGAUUACUCUCUGAAUAAGCUAGCAUUCCAACACGUCCUGGGCGCCAUUGAGAUGCGUUUCGCACGUGCUCAGGCCAACCCGGGCGAGAUGGUCGGCGUUCUUGCAGCACAGUCCAUUGGUGAGCCCGCUACACAGAUGACUUUGAAUACUUUCCACUUUGCUGGUGUGUCGUCUAAGAACGUUACUCUCGGUGUGCCUCGUCUCAAGGAAAUUCUCAACGUCGCCACCAACAUCAAGACCCCUUCUAUGACUGUGUACCAGGAAAGCCACAUGUCAGGUCAAAAGGAGGGCGCCAAGUUAUUGCGCAGUGUUGUCGAGCACACCAGCUUGCGCUCUGUUACCGAGGCCACUGAGAUCUACUAUGACCCUGAAAUCCAGUCUACUGUCAUUGAGAAUGAUCGGGACAUGGUCGAGUCCUACUUCAUCAUCCCCGAAGAAGCUGGCGAGGACAUUGCUCACCAGUCCAAGUGGCUGCUCCGUAUCAUCCUCAGUCGACCGCAGCUGCUAGAUAAGGGUCUUACUGUGCAGGAUGUUGCCUCGAAGAUCAAGCAAGCCUACCCUCGGGAUAUCGCUGUAAUUUUCAGUGAUAACAACGCCGACGAGCAGGUCAUCCGCAUUCGUCAAAUUCAAGAUUCUAAAGACGAUGACGAUGACGAUGUUGAGUACGACGUGACAUUGAAGAAGCUGGAGCAGCACUUGCUCGAUACUCUGACUCUCCGUGGUGUCCCUGGUGUCGAACGUGCUUUCAUUAACGAGAAGAGUAAGGAAUGGGUUCUUGAGACCAGCGGCUCUUCCCUGGCACCAGUCCUUGCCAUUCCUGGUGUUGAUGCUACUCGAACCUACUCCAAUCAGUUCAUCGAGAUUUUCGAGGUGUUCGGUAUUGAGGCUGCCCGUACUGCUGUGCUCCGUGAGUUGACUCAGGUGUUGGCCUUCGAUGGUUCCUACGUCAACCACCGUCACUUGGCUCUUCUUGUCGAUGUCAUGACCGUUCGCGGUUACUUGACUCCUGUCACCCGUCACGGUAUUAACCGUGCAGAUAACGGUGCACUUAUGCGUUGUUCGUUCGAAGAGACCGUGGAAAUUCUGCUUGAGGCAGCCGCUUUUGGAGAGCUGGAUGACUGCCGUGGUGUCUCAGAAAAUUUGAUCCUGGGACAGAUGGCCCCCGCUGGAACGGGAGAAUUUGAUGUCUAUCUGGAUCAGUCCUUGCUUAACACUGUUGUCUCCAACCCUCGUGGCCCUAUGAUCGACGACAAGGGCAUGGGCCCUACUGGUGCUUCUACCGAGUACGAUACUGGCUCGCCCAUGGCCAGCUCGCCUUACAUGGUUACUGGAGAUCCGGACGCAAGCUUCUCUCCUAUUCGCCAGCCCGGCGCAGAGACUCCCGGAGGCUUCAGCCAAUAUCGUCCAAACGCGGAUGGUUAUGGUGGAUUCAGCCCGGGCGCGCGCAGCCCUGGUGCUUACUCUCCGACCAGCCCGUUCAACACCAGCCCGACGUCUCCUGGCUACUCGCCAACCUCAAGCUACUCGCCUACGUCCCCUGGUAUCGGUCUGACCAGCCCAGGCUUCGUGACUUCUCCCGGUUUCUCGCCUUCAAGCCCAAGCUUUAACCCAACGUCUCCGGCAUACUCGCCCACGUCGCCUGCAUAUGGAGCCUCACCUACGUCUCCAUCUUAUUCUCCCACUUCGCCCGGCUUUUCGCCGACUUCGCCAAACUACAGCCCGACGUCCCCAAGCUUCAGCUCCCGCCUCCCCGGCUUUCAGCCCCACGUCGCCCAGCUACAGUCCCACGAGCCCAGCUCUUGGUGGCGGUCGACACUUGUCCCCUACGUCACCUACUUCACCCAAGUACACGCCCACUUCACCUGGGUGGUCUCCUACUAG